AUGAAUAAGUUCAACCGGGGCACCAAGUUUAUAGUCAUACUGCGGAAUCCUACGGACGGAUUAUUUUCGGAGUACCUCAAUCAUGGCGAUAAAACAAAAUCAACAGACAUUUUAAGCGAAAAGUCUGCACAACUUUUCCACUACCACACCCUACAAGUGAUCGGGAUGUAUGAAGAUUGUUUUAAGAAACAGAACAUCCGGGCAUGUAUUUAUGACACUCUUCUGGCCGAGGAGGCGAGGAAAGCGCAGGUCUUCCCCCGAGAACAGUUCUUUUUCGUCAAGAUGGAAGAAUAUAGUAAAAAUACAUCGCACGUGCUCCAAGAAAUCUUCAGUUUCUUAGGAGUUGGCCCGCUGGAGAGUUCAGUCGUGGACGCUGUCGCGAAGGCGCCCGCAAUCAACUCGAGUAAUCAGACCAAGUCCGAGAUGGAACCAAUGUUUCCGGAGACAAGGGCAAAAUUAGAUGAAUUCUUCUCACCCUUCCGAAAGACUUUAGCAAACAUGCUCGACCAUCCGAAGUACUCAUGGGCAGAAGAAGAAAUGAGGGGAGCGAAAUGA